GGUUGUUGACUGUUAUAUAGCAGGGAAUGCUAUUUCAGUGGCCCAUGUAAUUGGUUUUCACCUCUUCCUAAUAUUGCAUUUCCGUAAAGCUGGAGCCUUUUGGGGUCAGUUAGCAACGAUCCUACUGUGUUUAAACAAGGUCUCUUGCAUCCUGACGUUAAUCUGUCAACAAAACAAUUGGUAAUGCUUAGACGAAGGAAGUCUUUUCAACGCAACUUGAAAUUUUUGGGAAUUUUUCGCCGUUCAUCUCGUUUGAAAGCUGACCGAACUGCAUUACAGACUGAAGAAAGAGUAAUCACUUCUGCAGCUGCAUUGUUUUCAGAUAUGUUCUAUGAUGUGGAUUUAGUUGCAAGUGACAUAGUCGCAGGUCUGUUUCUUCUACGCUGGCAGACUAAACAAUGGGUUGGCUGUGGUCAACGUAUCCCUCUGAGUCUAAUACAUCAAGAUACCUCUCCUUCAGAUUUGAACAUAAAUGUCCUACAAAAAAGUGAUCAGACUCCAGAUUUUUGGCUGAAUAUUAACCGAAUUUAUCGAGUUGCAGAGUUUGUAACUGCAAUUUAUGGAAAGUUGUUAUACUACAGCAUGAGUCUUGGCAUACCUGGUUCCACUUGUAGGUUGUAUCGUCACUUACCUUGUUGUAUAAAUUCUUGUAAUCAUUCUUUAUCUGAUCAGACACAACUAAGUUGUUGUAUAUGCUCAGGGCAUACAUGUGACCUAGCCGCAAUAUUGGAAUUCACGUCACUGAGAGAGGAUCAGUUUGUUAAAUUGUCCUAUGACAAUUCAGUUCAUCAAUCUCCUUACUUUGUAGCGAUUGAUGAUUACAGUCAGUGCAUUGUCAUUUCCGUUCGUGGUACAUUAUCCUUUGAGGAUACAAUUGUCGACUUGUUAUAUGAUGGUGUGCGUUUGGAAGAAGUUGAAACAUUUGUUGAGUCCAAGACAGGCACACGUCCAUGCUUCAUUGGACAUCGUGGUAUGGUCGAGAGGUCAAGAUAUUUAUACAACUGUUUGGUAACCGACCGUUCAAUUGAAAUAGCGUUUAGUAAGAAACCUCAUUAUAAAUUGGUUGUAUGUGGUCAUAGUCUGGGAGCUGGUAUCGCAUCUUUUCUUUCUGUCAUUCUGCAUUGUACAUAUCCUGAUGUGAAAGGCUAUGCUUUCAGCGCACCUUUAGGAAUGAUGAAUCAAGAGUUAGCUGACUAUUGUAAACCUUUCCUAUUGUCUAUCAUUUAUGGAUAUGAUAUUUUUGCGCGUAUGAACAAAUCAACAAUAUCUGAUUUCAAAUGGCGUUUACUUGACGCUUUAUCAAUUUGUAAAGUACCGAAACAUCGUCUCCUAAGUCGCGGAAUAUUUGUAUGUAUGCGCCGUUAUCUGUUUAAGUGGUGCUUACCAAACUGUUUUUAUAGAGGAUCUCUAACAACUGUUGGGAAUGAUACUCUUUUACUGGAUACAGAUACUCAAGAGCGUCUGAUUCAUUCCAUCCCACAACUUGGACAUGAUGAUGAGGAAAUGCGAGUUUGUUUAUCACAACAGGGAAAUUCCUCUAAUCCAGGCAACACAAGUAGCCAUCGCCCUGUACAGUCUACCAGACGAUUUCGUCCUGGUCCUCGUUCCCUCCUCUGCUGGAUCAAUCCUAGUAGCCUACUUCCCGUGACUAUUUCUCAGUCUACAGAAUCUCCUUCACAGGUUCAAUCUUCCAAUAACAAAGUCAACUUGUACACUGAUGAUGAAAUUCAGUCUUGUGAUCAUGAGUCAUACGAUCUUUCCAAUGGUGUAUUCGGUGGUUUAGUGCUUCAUUUAGUUGAUGUUGACCUGGAUUGCAGUGAAGAUGAUAGUUCUAUUAGUCCGAUGAUGAAUGAAAAUGUUUUUAAAGGGGAUGUGGAAAUCGGUCAGAGAAUAGAUAAUUCUGGUCUGGAACGGCUGUUAUCAGUGAAGUCCAAUAGGUUCAGUGCAUGUUGUAGAAAACGUCAUGGAAUUAAAAAAACAAUUGCUGCUGUCUGGUCCAGUCCUCAACAGUUUCAGACUAUUUUAAUCCACCCACAGAUGAUAAUACACCAUCUACCUGAUCGAAUACUAGAAGCUGUUAGAUGCCUCCAGCAAGUCUUACUCCUAACAUCAACUGACUUGUCAGAUAGAAAUAGUGUUAAUGGCUUAAAAUCAUGCGAUUUUGUACGGAAAUUGAACAAUAUAUCCUAAUUUCGUUAUGUGAAGAAUUUUUUACCCUUUAUUCACCAUAUAUAGUAAUAAUAAUGCAAUAAUUUAUUUACCAAAUUUUACCUAGUAAUUCUACAAGUUUGUCCUUUUGACACUCAUGAGAGAUUUGUAUCCCCCUUUCGACCCUGUUUUUAUAAUGAGCUAAGUUUACCAGUGUAUGACUUUUAUAUGACUUUCUUUUCUGAGUCUUUAUUUUUCAUAGCAUUUUUUGGCACGAUAAUGCAGGCACAGAACAGUACAGUAUGACCAAUUGAAUAAUCCUCUUCCUACGCAUACACAGUUAUACUUUGUUGUCCCACCGCGCACCAAGCCAAAAGUCAAGUCACCAACGGCAAGUAAAUUUCGCCUCUUACUAGACCCUAUGCAACUGUUUGAAAAAUUUUUCUUCUCGAAAAAUACUUGCUACAGUUUGAGACUUUUGUGCUAGGACAUUCAAGCGAGAUUAAUCCCUGAUAUUUUCGCCUGUGUAGGAUGUCAUACAUUCUAAAACCAUGCUUUUCAAUUGUAUUUCAUCAGUUCGUUUUCUUGUAUUCCUUGUUGUUGUUGUUGUGGGUUAUAUGCCUGUAUACAUGGUUCGGAUAUUUUCAUUCAUUCAUUUUCAUUCGUUGCCAGAAUUCGUAUUUCAUCGAGUUGUGUCUGAAGUUUGCUCUAGCCUAUGGUUUAAAUAAAAGUAGGGAGAGAUGUAGACGUUAUACCACUGCAGAAGGUGAUAAACUUUUGAGUGUUUCUUUGAAUAUCUUGAAGUGCAGAAAUAAUAAUCAGCCUUGUUCGUCCAUCCUAAUUUUAAUUGAUCACUGCUAUUGUGUUUUCUGUCGGCAAUCGUAAUUCAAGGAGAGUGACUAGUUGUAUUAUUUAUAACGUGCGAUGCUGUGAUCUAUAUUCGUCUUUCGGCGAUAAUAAUUAGAAUUAUGACCAGUUUGUGUACCUUUUCUACUGUUCAUGAUGUCCACUACUACCGGCAGUAUUUAUUGUCUAUUCUUUUUUUUUAAUUCGGUAAAUUUUUCCACCUCUGUCAGUAAACGUAUUUAGUAAUCUCUUAUCAGACCAAACCAUAUAAAUCUAUCUACACGUGUAUGUAUGUAUAAAAGUUAUUCAAUUAAUGUAAAUCGUGUGCACUUCCCUGUGUUCUUUUUUUUAUUGACAAAAACCUUAUCGGCAUCUGUGACUACAUACCUCAGGCUAUAAAUUCAUAUGGAUACUUUUUUAAAAUAUUUAAAUUAAAACGGAUAUUUUCACAGG